GAUUGCGAGUGACUGCCAAGCCAGGCCACUGAUUAGACUUAAACUUCCUGAACCUUAUCAGCCUUGCUGUACAUUUUUGGCUGCAGCCCUCUCUCCUUUCCCCAGAUUAUUGAGGAACAUUAAAUUACAAUUGUUCCAAACAUCCAAUUUCACUACUUUGCCAUGGAGAACACAUUCGAUAAGACAGCCUCGGAAACUAUUGAUCUAUUAGAAGCCCGACUACGGAGGAUAGAAUAUGCUGUGUGUGGCCAUAUUGACACUACGUCUGUCACAAGCUCCGAUGUAUCUAUAUCUGCGUAUGAACGACUUGCAGAUUUAGAACAUAUUCUACAUGGACUUGCUUCGAAAUCAAGGGUCAUUCAGGAUUUAUUGAAAUUACAUGCCAAAUAUCCCGACCUGUUCCAAUCCAUUGAUCCAGAUAUACUACCUACCACUCUUGAUCCUUCCAGUAUUCUAUCCAUCGUAUUAGCGUCCGCCAGCGCAUAUCCAUCUACUGCUUCUCGAUUAACAUCCAUUCUUGACAUGCCAAUUCCAUCAGCAGAAUCGUCUGCUCAGCUCAUCGAUUUACAACCUCGCAUCGCGAAAAUUGAAGCUCUCCAGAUAGCACAAAAUGCGGAAUUAUCAGCAUUGAGGCAAAGGACCGCGGCGGUGAUUCAACGUUGGUAUACUGUUGAUAUCUUGGGAACAGGUGAAACUUGGGCAGAGUUGGAAGAAAGAGUGCAACAUGUAGAGCAAAAAGUUCGAAGAGCCACCACGAUGAAACAAAUAGAUGAUGGAGUAGCUCAGGAGUGAGAUUCACAUUUCUCAAGGUCAACCCUUUUUGGAAGGCAUGACAUCCCAGUGGGAAUAUAUACCAAAGAAAUACACGUCAUAGUGAAGCUAGUGAAGUGAGAUGGAAGGGAAACGUCUCUGGGUCAGAGCAACAUGGACAUCUCGAUGUGAUGAUGAGUUUGUUCUAGCGGUAUCUGAGUAGUUGCGGAGAAAUAAUUCCUAAUUCCUUCAACAAGGCCCUGAUGCUACAGCUGAGAAAUGGAAGAGUACGGAGGUGGUAUGAUCCGUGUUUCAGACGCUGGCUACAGAGAUAUUAACGGUCUGAGCUAUGACAUAGCAGCUAUCACAUGUAUCAUUCAGAUAUAUCUGUCGUAAUUGGUGUAUUACCGUUGCCGCUUGCGAAGGGAUGAACAGCCGUUAUCCGGUGGAAAUGGUUGCGUUAAAGGCUGCGCGAGCUUAGGAGCGAAUAAACCACAUGGUUAGGAACCACCCAUUCACACGUGUAGUUGAGUACAUUCUUAACGUGUUCCAAGAUCAAGAGAAGACUUUUCCAUUCAGAUCUGUGACGUUAGAGUAUCGCGAAUGAUGGUCAUCUCAGUCAUGACAUUGUAUGGCGCCAACGAGUCCGAAUAAGAAAAUACAUGCGUGAUGAGUAUAAUGAGACCAGGCACUACCA